CUUCCAGGGACCUACGGCCUGUCGAGCUGAGCGGUGGACGAGGGGGACGGCGAGGCCUAGCGGAGCCGAGUGGAGGCCGACUGGGGGCGGGGACCGAGGGCGCCAGGGGCCACAGGGCGGUGCGCUCCCGGCUCCGCCGCAGGCAGCGCGCCCCUCCCGCCCCGGCCCCGGCCCUCGCCGCCGCUGCCGUCGUUGUUGCCGCCGCCGCCGCCAGGCCGCGCCCCGCCCCUCGCCGCCGCCGCUCCCGGGGAGGCUGCGCUCGAGCUGCGGCGCCGGCUGCAGCCGCCUGGGCCCCGGGCCCGGCUCCUCCCGCGCCGCCCGGGCGAUGAGAAGCUGCUUCUGCGUGAGACGGAGCCGGGACCCGCCGCCGCCGCAGCCGCCGCCGCCCCAGCGGGGAACAGACCAAGCCACCAUGCCUGAAGUCAAAGAGCUCUCAGAAGCCUUACCAGAGACGCCGAUGGACCCCAUCACAGGAGUGGGGGUGGUGGCUUCCCGGAACCGAGCCCCGACAGGCUAUGAUGUGGUUGCACAGACAGCAGAUGGUGUGGAUGCUGACCUCUGGAAGGACGGCUUAUUCAAGUCCAAGGUUACCAGAUACCUGUGUUUCACAAGAUCGUUUUCCAAAGAAAAUAGUCACUUGGGGAACGUGCUGGUGGACAUGAAGCUCAUCGAUGUCAAGGACACAUUGCCUGUGGGCUUCAUCCCUAUCCAGGAGACAGUGGACACACAGGAGGUGGCCUUCAGGAAGAAGAGGCUAUGCAUUAAGUUUAUUCCCCGGGAUUCAACUGAAGCUGCCAUUUGUGACAUUCGCAUCAUGGGCCGGACCAAGCAGGCCCCUCCCCAGUACACAUUUAUUGGGGAACUGAACAGCAUGGGUAUCUGGUAUCGCAUGGGCAGAGUGCCAAGAAACCACGACUCAUCUCAACCCACCACGCCUUCACAGUCGUCAGCCGCUUCCACCCCAGCCCCAAACCUUCCCAGGCACAUCUCACUAACACUACCAGCUACCUUCCGAGGCAGAAACAACACCAGUACCGACUAUGAGUACCAGCUCUCCAAUCUGUACGCCAUCUCAGCAAUGGAUGGUGUGCCGUUUAUGAUUUCAGAGAAGUUUUCCUGCAUUCCAGAAAGUAUGCAGCCGUUUGAUCUCUUGGGAAUCACCAUCAAGUCCCUGGCAGAAAUUGAAAAGGAGUAUGAGUACAGCUUCCGCACAGAGCAGAGCGCAGCAGCCCGGCUCCCGCCCAGCCCCACCCGGUGCCAGCAGAUUCCCCAGUCCUGAGGAGCCCACAGCCUCCUGGGGGAGAAGACGUCUCCUACCCGGUGCCCAGACUACUGAUGGGGUGGCUGGGGUGAGAGUUACUGCCUCCCCCACCUGCCCAUUCUGCUUGCCCUCCCCACUGACCAAGAGACUCUGGGCAGCUGCAUGGUCAUAUAUGGCCAUCAGCUCGCCUGACGAGACUCCCCUGCCUCCCUUGGGAACGUUGUUCAUAAUUGUGACUAAUGUAUGUGCUGUUAGUGACCAGAGGCUCCUAGCACACCUGUGUGAUGACCACUUACCCCACAAAGAAAGAAAAAUUCUUCCCUACCUGGAGUCACCCUUGAGGGCCCAGGCACAUGCUCCAGCGGCCCAGUGAUGCCCACUGACUCCCUUCAACUGACCGUCACCCGCUACAAGAAUCCCACAGAGCCACUGUCUCCCUCCUGGAAGGCUCCAGGGUUGAUGCUUCACACAGGAUCAUGUGAGAUGCACCUGUCAUCUCUGACCCAGGCUAUGUGGUCAGCAGGCCAGGGCCCCUGCACUUCAUGAUGACAUCAAGACUCCAGACAACUGUGGACUCCUCCCCCAAUGCACACACUGGAUUCCAGAGAGCACAGAUGCGACCCCGCUGUCUGUGGAGGUGACUGGGUGCCUACCUGGAUGGAAACUUGGCUGCUAGGGUGCUGUGCCUGGCCACGAGCUCCAACCCUCACAAAGGGCUCAUCUGUGGAGCACUCACCUGCCAGCAACUGCUCCAUACGCCUCUGCCUUGUGCCCUGACCUGGUGAUGACCGACACAAAGCCUGCUCGGAGAGGCCUGAUACCCAGCCCUGCAGGGACACAGUACAAGGGCACCAUCUCCUCUCAGCCAGGCCCGCUCACAGUCUAGAAGGCAUCUCCUUCCAGGGAUCUGCUGUUUUGAAAAGACCCUCUGUCCCAGACGUCUGAAUUUGGGCUAGAGCAGUUCACAGGUAUCCAUCUCGUUGCCAUGAAACGGUGGUCACUGCUGUUCCAGCUCUCAGCUCUCACCAUGAUGCGCUGCUUCGCCAUAAUUGGCUACUGGGGUUUGUCUGACAUUGGUCCCCACAGCGUCUGUGGAUAUGAAGGUAUGCACAGUGGCCAGUAGCCGUAGGCAACUCCACGCUUAGCUGGUGCAGAGCUCUCCAGUUACAGCUCCAGAGACAGUAACAGGCAGCUGAGUGGCCAAGGUGCAAAAGGAUCAGGAGCAAGAACCAGCUGACAAGAUGGCGUGAGCCAGGGCAGGGCCGAAAAUACCUCACCAACCUCCAUCGCCCCUCAGCUCCAGCUCCACAGGCCUUUGUGGCCCUUCCUCCCUCCUUAGCCUUCUCCACUUGAUGGUACUUCAUUUCCAUGUGUGUACCCAUCAUCCCCCUGCCCCUGGGCCCCUCAGCCUCUGGGCAGCACAGGCCAUGAAGAGGUAGUUAGCUCAUCUGCCUGUGCCCCAGAGGCACAUGGGGUCAUGGGGUCAAACCUAGUACCACACUGGUGCUCAACAGAGCUGAUGAACUGUCCCCCAGCUGACUCCACAAGCUGGGGACCCUGAGGACCUGUGUCUACUGCUGCUGGUGUAACACCAAAUGUCUUGUGCGACCUAAGGGCCAACAGAAAUGGGGCAGCCACUCAUGGUCUGAGUUGACUGGGAAGGCUGCAGGACAAAGCCCAGGGUCUCCUGGCUACUUCCUUUAAGCUUGUGCACAAUGUCUUACCGCCUCUUUCCAUUUCUCAGUUGUGAAAUCAUCCCCAUCAGGUGAUGUCAGGUGACCCUCCCCACUUUCCUUAAAGGAGAAUGUGGCUUCCUGCUGUGCUAACAGCCUGGAAGUUCAAAGGUGAAGACAGUGGACCCUUUGUCAGGGAUCAGAAAGGCCGAGGUCCCUGAAGAAAGGGCGGGGCUCUGCAGCCCACUCCUGCACAGGACUCGGCCACUGGGAAGAGGGCCAGCGCAUGGUGGAGCUGGAGCAAUCUCGGGACACUGCAGACUUAGUGUAAGAAUAGCCUUUCUGUGAAUGUUGUAGCGUCCAUGGCUUCUAGCUUCUGAAGUCUUGAGAACAACUUGGUGUCUGUGGUAGGUUUUAGGUUGCACCCAAGCCCUGGUUUCUUGUCUUUUGGCAGUGGUAGUAGUGGGGUAUGCAUGCCCAUGUCCACCUGUGGGAGGUGCGGCUGUGCUCCCAGCAGAGCUGAGCAGCCUGUUGUGUAUGGUGUGGAACACUGGGCUGCAGCACCCCUGGCCACAGCGAGAUGAACACACAGACUUGCUGGGGGACGUGAAGAACUGCAGCCGCUCCCUUGGGUCUCCUCCUCCCCCACCAGCAUGUCCACAACUGCUGCUGUCCCUGCCAAGCACACACAUCUCUCUCGAAAAGGCUAAUCAGAGCACAGCACCCUACCCCAUCACCCCACACUGAAAAGUUGGCUCCUUCCUAAGGGCCUUGGAAAUGGCACACGGAGUGAGCGGAGCAGGGUGGCUCCAGGCUCACUUACAAAUUUAUCAUAAGGCCAAGUCUAAGAAUACAUGUCAACCCCACUCACCUCUAGAAAAGGAUAGGUUAGAGCCGUGAGUGUUCUUCCUAGGGUGGCCGUGGCAUGUGGCCCCCUGUAGCUGUGGUCAUUCUGCAGGAGGAAGCCGAAGCCCGUGUCAGAAGGACAUACAUAUAAGGGGCCGAGAUACUGAGCACACCCCUUCCUUCACUGGACAUGAGACUUGGCAAUCUUAAGCACAUUCCUGCCAUCCCCCCAAACAAGCCCAGCAUUGGGUGCUCUUUGCCCCGUCACUUGAAAAGCCUGAGGCAUGUCUGUAAGCUUGCCAGUGGCAGAAGGCCUUGGGGCCAACCAUCUGGCCUUUGUGCCCAUCCCUGUGACGGACUUUCGAUUGCUAGGAAGUCACCUCACCAUGGUAGUGGGUUCUAGGCAUGGGUCAGGCUGGGAGCCUGUCCUGUGCCUCCUGAGACCCGAGGGCCCCGGACCGUGAGCAUCUCUCCUGCUGCAUUCAUUGGAAAGGGCCUUGAUGUGCCGCCAGGCCAUGAAAUGCUGGGCUCACGAAGUUCGUUUGCAUCCUUCUGACCCCAGAGCCUGAUGAAGGCCCUCAUUCCUGUGCCCGGCUCCCUCUCAGGUGAUGCAGCACAUCAGGGCAGCCCAGCUGAGCAGCUGCAGCAUCAGCACCAGUCUAGGCUCUGUUGCCCUUCAAAGACUCGUUAGCUGCUGGGCCACUGUGUGGCGCUGGCACAAGGACCUAAGCGUAGCUGCCUUGCUGUGUAUUUAUUCAAGGUGACUGCUUGGCAAAGGGAGGUUUCACUGUGUGAUUGUAUUCUUAAUAUAAUUUGUUAAAUAAAUGUUUGUUUUAACCUCU